AUGUAUGAAUUCCUUUCUGCUGAACAGGGCCCAGGGCUCCUUGAGCCAUCGCCAGGAAUCCAGUUUAGAAGCCGUAAGGGUGCCCAUGAAGACGAGAACUCUACAUCGCAAAAUACAUACGAUGACAAUUUGGCGCAUAAAGGGGGCGUGAAUGUUCUUGCAAUUGACAGGAAUUAUGGACGAUAUCUGGUGUCGGGGGGUGCUGACCCUUCCAUUCGUUUAUGGGACCUUGACGACAGGGGCGCAGAGCUUCUGUAUCUUUACAAACCCAAGGCUUGGGUUGAUAGAGCCCGCCAUGAGCUUGCUCACACCCAUUCGCUAACAUCAAUAUCCAUUUACCCGUUUGAUCCCACUCCAUCGACUGUUCUAACAACAUCUCGCGACAACACGUUGAAGUUGUCAGCUAUCGGAAAUGCUGAGAUUACGCCCGCACAUACCUUCAAUCUACAUGCUACGCCAUAUUGUCAUUCACUUUCAUCGCAUUCAGCUUCAACGCUUUUGAUUGCAGCUGGUACGUCCGAAAGGACGAUUCGUCUUCUCGACUUGCGGAGUGGACUGGCAACUCAUACACUUCUCGGCCAUGACUCGGCUGUGUUAUCCUUGGAAUGGGCUCCUCACCGCCCAUAUAUUCUUGCGUCAGCCUCAACAGAUAAUCGAGCUAUUAUAUUCGACAUUCGCAAAGCAGGUACAAGCUCCGCCAUUGGGUCCUUAGAUAUGGAUAAUACAGCAGGGGUGUCUGCACAAAGCUGGACUUCAGGUUCUGUUGCGAAGUACCACGCUUUCACUCGCCAUGGACGUGCUCAUAACGGUGCAUUGACUGGGGUCAGGUGGACUUCGAACGGUAGCCAUUUAAUCACUGCUGGCCAAGACUCACGUCUUCGGGUGUGGGAUGCAACAACGGGGGCUAAUACACUCGUUCAUUUCGGUCCUCGGCUUCGAAAUGAUGCGUCCACACAUCUUACAGAGAGAGCGCCGCUCAUCUUGCCGAGUAGUCUCGUUGAGUCUGGGCACGAGAUUCUACUAUGGCCGAAUUUCAACGAUCAAGAGGACCGUGGCGAAAUCUUGAUGUUCGAGAUACGGGAUGGGACAUUUAUCAAGACACUGAAAGUUCCAGGACUCAUGUCAACUACACGCAAACAACGGAUGGGUAAAACAAGCGCGCUAAGCGCUGGAAGGAUUAAUGGCUUAGCCUGGCGAGGCAAUGGAGGAUCUGGAGAAGGUCUAGAAUUGUUCUCUGCUCAUGGUGAUGGUACUAUCAGAACGUGGGCGUCUCGUGUACCCGAGGGCGAGCCAGACACAGAAGGCCAUGACGAACUGGACACAAGGAAACGUAAACGAGAUGUUCUUGAGGAGAUCUACGAAGGUCUCACUGGCUCAUCUGUGACAUUUACGUAA